AUGGCUGCCAUGCUAGAGUUCCGCACGCAGGGCUACAACCCCUACGCCGUAAAGUACUCGCCGUACUACGACUCGCGCAUUGCCGUCGCGACGUCGGCCAACUUUGGCAUCGUGGGCAAUGGCCGCGUCUUCACGCUCGGCCUGACAGCCCAGGGCGUGCAGGUUGAAAAGACUUUCGAUACCAAUGAUGCGCUCUACGACCUGGCCUGGUCCGAGAUCAACGAGAACCAGCUGAUUGUUGCCUGCGGAGAUGGAUCGCUGAAGCUGUUUGACCUAGGCGUCAACGACUUCCCCGUCAUGAACUUUCACGAACACAAGAGGGAAGCCUUCUCAUGGUCGCCAACGCGAAACCAAUCUAUAAAGACCCUUCCCAUCGGAAACUGUACUUACAGCGCAUCUUUCUGCCCCUCCAACCCCGCCCUGAUCUCUGCCGUAUCCUCCGACUCGCAUCUCCGCAUCUUCGACCUCCGAACGCCAUCCUCUGCCAAGUACCACCUUACAACAACCAUACCUGUCCAUGCGCCUCCCCUGCAGCCUUCGCCCAUAAGCGCCCCGAGUCAGCCCUCCGAGAUUCUCACCCAUGACUGGAACAAGUACAGGGACACUGUCAUCGCCACGGGCGGCGUGGAUAGGGUCCUGCGAACGUUUGACAUCCGAAACCCCGCCGCCGGUCCGAUCUCUGUCAUGCAAGGCCAUGAGUACGCUGUCCGGAGGCUGGCGUGGAGUCCCCAUGCGAGCGACACUCUCAUCAGUGCCAGCUACGACAUGACAGUCCGCCUCUGGAACGACGGGUCUAACCAACCGCAGAACCCAGCCAUGGGUCCCUCAAUAGGCAACCAGGUGGGCAUCAUGAACCGUCACACCGAGUUUGUCACUGGAGUUGACUGGUGUCUCUUUGGAAUGGGUGGUUGGGUCGCCUCUGUAGGCUGGGAUGAGCGGGUGCUACUGUGGGAUGCCAACAUGCUCAUGGGCCAGCGAAUACCGUGA